AUGAUCUCUGCACAGCAGCCACUCUUCCCCAUCAAAAUUCAGAGUGUAAUGGACUGCCAGACAGAGGAAGAAGAAACCCGUGAAGAGCAGCGUGACUCUGAAAACUGCACUUGCAGCUCUAAGCAUGAAACAUCAGCACCAGAGUCCAGCUCAGGCUCCCCAGUAAUUCUUAAAAUACUACAGAACUGGGUUCCCAGGGUUUCGCACUACUUCGAUAAAGAGCACUACACGUACGUUGGCCACCGGAUUGUCAUCCAGGAGUCCAUAGAACACUUCGGGGCCGUGGUGUGGCCGGGGGCCCUGGCUUUAUCUCAAUAUCUAGAAUCAAAUCAAGAACAAUUCAACCUCAAAGACAAAAAUGUUUUGGAAAUCGGCGCUGGAACAGGUUUGGUUUCCAUUGUGGCCUGUAUCUUAGGAGCUUACGUUACAGCUACUGAUCUGCCUGAAGUCCUUGAGAAUCUCUCAUACAAUAUUUCAAGAAAUACACAGAAUGUGAAUACGCACAAACCUGAAGUGAGAAAACUGGUAUGGGGAGAAGGCCUCAAGGAAGAAUUUCCUCUGUCAACUUACCAUUAUGAUUUUGUACUGGCAACUGACGUCGUAUACCAUCACGCAGCUUUGGAACCCCUGCUAGCAACAAUGGUGUAUUUUUGUAAGCCUGGAACAGUAUUACUAUGGGCAAAUAAAUUCAGAUUCAGUACCGACUACGAAUUUUUGGAAAAACUUUGCGAUAUAUUUAACACAACCAUUCUAGCAGAAUUUCCAGAAUCAAAUGUCAAGCUGUUUAAAGCUACAGCAAGAGAGAAUUAA